UCUCCGGAGGGAGCGCGCACGUACAAUGCAGCUGCCAGCGAGUCGAGCGUAUUAGUUCAUAACUCAUAACUCAGAUUUGCGACCCUUUCUGCACUGCGCUGUACUAUAAUUAUAUCCAGUAUCGGUUUUAUUUCAUAUUACAUUCGAAGGAUAUCUUCCAGUCAUCAUGGAAUGCGGUUUCACUUAGAAAAUCCCCCUUCUUGGCGGGUUCGCACAUUUCGUGUCGGCUCUCGGUGUUGGAUCUAUCCCAUCGAGAUUUAGCGUUCGGUACCGCGCGCAAUGUGGGCCAGAAACGAUUUUGAGGAUGGAUUCGACGCGUAUAAAAUAGGUUCUAGCACGUCCUCUCCUGGAUGGGUACCAGGCUGUGACUCGGCAUGGCAAGCUUCCUCUUCCUCCGCUGGCAUUAACAGCCGCGGGCGACGUCACAGCGCCGCCUCAGACAGUGGUGACACGGGCAUCGGAACCUCCUGUUCUGACAGCGUAGAAGAUCACUCCAGCUCCAGCGGCACGCUGUCCUUCCAGCCCCUGCGUCCUCAAGGUUCCAUCCCCACGGCUCACGUCAUGCCAUCACCCUCAAGCUCCAAGCUCACCGCACCCUCUGCCCCCACCAGCCCCUGGAGCAGCUGCCAGCUCCCUUCUCCCCUCGACAGCCCCCUGGACAUGAAAGACCCCCGGCCGGUCCGUCGCUGGUCUUCUCUCAACCGCCUCACGGGACAAGAAAAGGCCACCCCUUCCGGGAGACCAUCACAUCGCGUGGACCCGCACGGGUCGUUGGAUCGCGGCGUGCUCUACGGCUACCGUCAGGACCCCUUGUAUUCAGACAGCUUCCUCUCCCAGAGCCUGCAUAAGCUAUCCACCAACUCAGACUUUUCAAAUAAAUACGACCUGGGCAGCACUAACACCCUGGGUAAAACAGACUCGUCUUGUUCUUCUCCGCUCAAGCCCAGCACGUUAGACCUCACCUACAGCGCCUUACCGGAGAGCAAGACCCCCACCAACGGUUUGGUGGGGCCGGGGCAGAGAAGUCCCUCACUCAGGCACCAGGCUGUGGGAGGAUCGCCCAUCCAGCCGGCCGUACGAACUCAGAUGUGGUUGAGCGAGCAGAUGGAGUACCGCCCGGGACCCGACGGAUGCGGGAUGGGCUCGUGGCAACAGGAACAGCAUCAAAGAGAGAGGUUACGGCAGGACGCAGAGCUCACACAGACGCUGAGUGGAACGUCUUUGCCUGUCAAUACUCUAGUAAAAAUUAAGGAGGGACUCCUGAGGCAGAGAGAACUGGAAAUCGACCGACAAAAGCAACAAAUUCUUCAACUUCAUGCAAGGAUCAGGGAAAAUGAGUUACGGGCGCAACAAGUCCUCCAGACCCAGAGGGGGCGCUAUGAUGACUCAUAUCUGCUCAAAGCCAAGGACUCUCCCUACGACAGUCUCGUAUCCAGUCAAAGUCCCAAAUCUCAGCUACCCGAGCGUGUGAGUCCGAUGUGUUGUGAGAACAGCGAGCUGGGCCGGAAAUUAGCCGCGGCGGAGCUGGAGGUCAUUCACCUCAGCGAGUUUCUCAAACAGAACACACAGAAGUACACAGAAGACAUCAAGAAACUGGAAGAGAAGAUGAAAACCCGCGACCGCUACAUCAGCAGUCUGAAGAAGAAAUGCCAGCGCGAGCAGGAGCAGAAUCAAGAGAAGCAGCAACGCAUCGAGACGCUGGAGAAAUACCUGGCAGACCUUCCCUCGCUGGACGAGGUCCAGACGCAGGCUCAGCAGUUGGAAGAGGUGCAGGGAAAGGCUGGAGCGUUGGAGGACACCAUCGCCCGGCUGGAAAAGAACCUGGAGGAGAACCGAGCCCUGCUGGAAGAAAAAGACGCCCUCAUAGAGACUCAAUCCAAGAGGGAGAAAGAGCUCAUGGCGGCUGUUCAGAGCCUCCAAGAAAAAGUGGAGAAGUGUUUGGAGGACGGUGUGCGGCUGCCCAUGCUGGACCUGAAGCAGCUGGAGCGAGAGAACACUCGCUUGCUAGAACAACAGAGCCAAAACAGCAUGCUAAUCGACAAUCAGAAGCAGCAGGUUGAGAAGCUCACUCUGGAGUUGACGUCGCUGGAGAAGAGGUUGCAGAGGGAGAGAGGGAUAACGCAAGAGCUCCGGAAACAGCUCGUGGUGUGCGAGGAGGAGCUGGAAAACCUCUCCACGAACCUUCAGCAGGACCGAAGGCGGACGGAUGAGGAUUCAUCGAACGUGGCUGCCGGGUCCUCUCUGAAGGAGGCUGGGCCGCUGUUGAAGGAGAUGUCUCUGUGUCUGCUGGAUCUCAAGGGUCUCUGUAGUGUUCUCACCCAAAGAGCUCAAGGAAAAGAACCCAACCUGGCCCUGCUUCUCGGCAUCAAAUCUAUGAGCUGCUCGGCAGAAGAGAACGAGAAGCCUCUGAUGGAGGACGGCCUGAGGGCAAAACUGGUGGAAGUGUGUCAGCUGAGGAAAGACAUCGAUGAGCUGCGGACGGUGAUCUCGGACCGUUACGCGCAGGACAUGGGCGACAACUGUGUGACACAAUGAUGCGAAGGCCGAUCUGUAAAUAAGAUCAACACGAUGAAAAAAACUUUUAAUUCUUUGUGACUACUAAAGGCUGGACCAAGCUGUAGAUCCAGUUUACAAGGAUGUGUUGUAUGCUUUUAUUUAUUCAUGCUGGAGACAUCAGUGGUCUUUAUAUUUAAGGUGGUGAGUUCCACACACUGUGUUUUUGAGUUUAGAUGAUAAGUGAUACGAUUGGUCUGAAAGGGAAAGUGGAGCAUCGUGUGUUCUCUAAAGUGCCUUGUGAUCUUCCUUCUGUGAACUGUGUACCUCCAAAUUUCGACGAGUCACGAACUUCAUUUUCCCAGAGAAGCUGAAGAUCAUCUCCACAAGAGCUACAGGUCGCAGGUCGACGUUUUCAAGCCGGCCCUCUAGAUUGCUAAACCGUCCUCCAUUCCCAACAUUUGAUCAGAAUCUUGUGCAUAUGAAGUGUGUUUGCGUGCUUGUUUGGUACUUGCGUGUUUGUUUAGGUCAGGGCGAUGUGAACAGUUUGGUCUUCCGUAAAAACAAAAGCGUUUCAUGUUAAAAUAAAUGACGGAAGAGGAAUUCAGGUUAAUGCUUUCAGGACAUCGUUUAACUUUUUUUAAUUAGACUGAAAUAUUGAGG